AUGUCUCUUUUGAUCGGGAAAGGAGACGUUAUCUUUGUCCGUGACGUGGAACUUGAUAACCAACCAAUUGUCGUCGAAUGGCAACAGUGGUUUGCUACCAAUACCGAAAGAUACAUCCCAGCUCAGUACCGCGGCAGUGAUGGCACGAACAAUGAUAUCACUGGAAAUAUUUUUAUUCAGGUCAGCAAGGCCGACGAUUUUCGUCGCAAGCACGAUCGCUCCGAAGACAUGUAUACUGUACGAAUAGAUCGCGACUUCCAAUACGGUCAGAACAAAGAAAAGACCAAGCGCUUUCUCUGUCGUUUUGUUGAAAGCCUCGUGACAGCAGCAGGAGAAGAGGCGGCAAGGUUCGCUCUCAGCCUGGGUAUUCAUAGUGGCAAAGACAUCGUCGAGUGGGCAAAGAAGUACAUGGGAGAUGACUUACGAGAUUUUUAA